CUGGUACGUUUUAUCUGUCAAAGUCAAUUUUAAUUUUCGAAGGACAUGUUUACGUUGAGUUUGAGUUGUAUUUAUUAUUUGCUCCCAAUUUUGUAAAUCAAUUUCAAUGGACGAAUUAAAAGGACCUACUAUCCAAAUAGUACUUCAUGUAAAAGAAGGUCUUGGAUUUGGUUUCUUGAGGGUUCCUUUUAUUGUAAGUGGAUCUUUAAAUGGAUAUAUGCUGGAAACGGAUCCGGUUGUGCCCAGCCAUGCACCUGGUUUCGACGCUGAACUUGUCUGGGAGGCCGAUAAACGAAGAUUUCGUAGCCUACGAGUCCAGAAUGUCCCCAUUAAAGUGGAAGUGUUCACAAUGGGAACUCAGGGCCGAAAGGAUAAAGUAGGUUACCUGCUGCUCAGUCUCCUCGGAGCGCAGCCCUGUCCUGCCAGCAAGAUUGUUGAUGUGCGGCACUCAUGGCACCGGUUGCUAGGAGUGAAGUCAGAGGGAAAGUGCUGCCACCCGCAGCUCAUGCUCAGCCUUUCUGUUGAAGACCGUGUCAACACAAUCACUCCCAGGAAUGAACUCCGCAUGUUCCAUAGCAAUGACGUGGCUUACCCGACUACUUACAACACGGUCAACCCCACUGCUGGACUGUUACUGACACUGAAUGAAUACAUAGCAGAAAGCAAGAAGACAGUUUCGAGCCCCGACCUGCAGCCCAACCUGCUAUGCGACGAGGGGCUCAUACAGAUCGGCGACGGGAAGCAUCUGUUCGUGCUGAGUUUCGUCAUUGGCUCUGUCGAAAACAUUGACAUGCUUAUACCUGACUAUGCCUCCAGAAAAGAUGCGACUGAUUGUUAUGUUUCAUACACCGUCUUCAUGCAUACCAUUACAACUGACAGAGUGAGUGUGACAGUGACGGGGUCGGGCGCGGCGGCGCUAUUCAACCAGCGAACGUCGCUGCGACUCCGGGCAGACCUGUCCACACUGGGGCGCUACUUCGCCGAGUGCCCGAGUCUAGUCACCACCGUGCGCGCCGCGGACCAGGACGUCGGUAUUUGCAGCAUGGAUCUCCGCAAGCUAGUCCCAACCGAGAGUAUUGAUCACUUUCUCAACAACUUCUGCAACGAUCCCCAAGCAUUAUCCAUCCAUGAGCGCUGCUUCAUACUGCGCACGGACGGACAACGAGACGGGGACCGGAAACCAUAUGUCGAUGUUGAUAUGAGUCUUAAAUACGUCGGGGUACAGACUGAACCUACGAAACCACUGGUACUCUCGGCGCGUAGUGCGACUCAACUGGAAAUUCGAGCGCAGACGGAGGUGCUGCGGAAGGAAAGCAUUUUGAACAUCAAAAGCAGCGGCAGUUGUACAAAUUUGGAGGAUGUCGGCGGCGUUGCGUACACUAACAACACGGCGAGGAAUACAUCCAGGUAUAAGGACGCAUCAGGCGCCGCCAUUCUCCAAACAAACGAGAUAACGGAGCUAAUACGAAAGAUGUGCGAUUCCUUUGCGCUCAGCCAAGAGAAACUAUUAGCGGCUCGAGAGAAACCUCUUACUAGCGACAUGCAAGUGCAAUGCGAGACGGAGAUAGAUAAGGGAGACAAGGACAGCGUGCGGGAAGAGAGCGUGGGAGACAAGGAGAGCAUGAGUAAGAGUGACACCUGCAUACGGAACGAUAAAGACAUGGUAAAGAGGGUGAUACCGUUUGAGGAGCGGGACAAUAUCAUGCAGAAGUUUGUGGACGAGCUGGAAGACUGGAAGGAGAAACAACAGGAGCUGUAUAAGUUACAGCUGCAACGCAAAGAAGAAUACCACCUCGAUCUCCUCUCCCGCGAGUGGAGCAAGAAGCGGACCGAACUGGAAACCAAACUGAGCCGCGGCGUCGAGCAGUGCCGCCAUCUCGCGGCCGACCUGGCGCGCGCCACCGACGACUUCCGGCUGCGCGGCUACCGGAACACGGAGAGGGAGAAGAAGCUUCUAGACGCGAAGAAUGCUCUGGAGACCCACUACACGGCGAAAUAUCAGGAGCUCAGAGAGGCUUCGCAGAAGAUGGAAGACGAUAUGAACCACCGGCUGAAGCUCAAGGAUAUGCGCAUCGAGGAGCUGGACGCGAAGGUCCAGCAGUUGGAACGGCAGCUGGAGACCAUGAAGAUUAAUGCCAAAAAUAUAGAAAAGGAGUCCGAGAGCAAGUAUUCCGGAUUGACGAAAGACCAAACGGCCAGCCUUAUACAGGAAUUGCGUUGCCUAGAAGAGAAGUUGGACAGCGCCGUGCAGUCCAAAGGGUUCUUCAAGGAGCAGUGGGGCCGCGCCGUGCGGGAACUACACUUGAACAAGCUCCAUACGAGGAGGCAGAUGCUCACGCAGCUGAGACAAGACAGGAGACAGCUCGGAGAGAUGGGACUGGACACUAUUCAAGACCAAGACGAGAAGGCCGAGCAGGUGGACAUGAAACGCCUAAAAGACGACUUUUACGUCGACAUACUCGCCAACAUGCCCGUCAUCGAGUCCAACUCUAUCAUAACUACGACGGGACCAGACUUGGAUAUGUAUGAUGAAAUGAAAAGCGCGCCAAAGAACCCAACAAACGAGAGACUGUCAGAGCUAAUCGCAGAGCGAGACCGCCUCGUCGAGCGUGACUGUCCCGACGAGGACCGCCUGCAGCAUUUAAACCAGGAGAUCAGAUCUAUCCUGCUCAACUCUUGCUAGCGUUCAAAAUAUUGUUGUUGUGGCUGUCCUAUGGCACCCCAGACGUGCAAAGGGCCUUCACAAGCUCGCGCUACGCCUUCCUAUCUUCAGGGACCUUCGGCUCUUGCUAGUGUUCAAAAUAUGUGACCUUUAUAAUCAAAAUGGUACUUAUUGUCGGUUCAAUAAGGCGCUAUUUCCAUAAAGCUUCAAUUUAAAAUCCUUAUCGACCGAAAAAGUGGUACCUUUUAUUUGAAAACGUCAAAUAUAGGCUCUUUGUAAAUUAACGAUUCGAAAUUCUAAGCUACGCAGAGGUUGAAACGUAGGUUUUUGAACGCCACGCCAAACAAAUUGAACCGUAAACUGUAACCGUCCGUUACGGUUUACGGUUCAAUUUGUACUGGUUAAUGGUUAAUUGCAAUUAACGUUCGGCCAACACUGCCAUUAGAUGAGCUAUACGCGUGCGCCCGUGAGUUACAGAACAUAUGCAAUGCGACAAUAUGAUUGGUGAAGUAGAUUUGUAGCCCACCAUAAACCAUACAAAAUUUACGGUGAGGAAUAAAAAAAAAGCGAGACUGUGACAAGGACAAACAAUAAUAGCGCUUUCUCUGCUACUUCUACUGAAAGAUGCAUUUCCCCCCACCCCUCAUGUCCGAUCCAGUUAUACUAGAUUCAUGAUGAUUCAUUCUAUACUCCGUUUGGUUAUAUCCUAUAAGCCAAUACGAAUGUGCUUAGAAAUUGUGCUUGCACUUGGCGCAUGUAGCUAGACUAAAGGGACCCACUGAUUACCAGUCCGUUGGACGAUAUCGGCCUGUCAGUUGUUCGGAACUGUCAAAUUUUUGUUCUAACUGACAGGCUGAUAUCGUCCGGCGGACUGAUAAUCAGUGGGCCCUCCACACUCAUGCGCGAAGUCGCGAAGUCUGGAGCGAGCUUAUAGUACUACAGGAGUGGAGCGGCCGGCCUACUUGUUACUCGCGUGUGCUUUUACACGGUGGAAUUGACUACUGCAACGCAUAUAUUAAUAUUACACUCGUAUCGUAAUUCUUUAUUAUAUACAUAUUAGGUAAUUAUUAUGACAUGUGUCUCAUCGAAACUAGCUCAAUCUAUUGUUGUUCUUAUUUAAAUAAAAUAUAAAUAUUUUAGAUA